AGCAGAGAGGGCGCGCCCGUAGACGUUGCUGCUCAGGCUUCAAGAUGGCGGAAGCCCUGACAACUCAAGAGGAGGUGGCGGUGGAGGAGUUUCUGGCUGAGCUGAGAUGUCGGGAACAGUCUCAGAAUGCAGAUCUUGUCAGUCAGAUGACAGCGGUUAAGUUCCUCAUGGCAAGAAAGUUUGAUGUUUCCAGAGCCAUUGACCUCUUCCAAGCUUACAAGAACACCAGAAUAAAGGAAGGCAUCUACAAUAUUAACCCAAACGAGGAGCCUUUAAGGAGCGAGUUACUCAGUGGGAAAUUCACAGUUCUGCCCGGCCGUGACGCGAAAGGUGCAGCUUUGGCACUUUUUACAGCACGUCUCCAUCGGCCGGACCUCACUACCCAUAAGGCUGUUCUUCAAGCCAUUAUAUAUCAGCUGGACAAGGCCAUUGAGAGUGUUCAGACACAGAGAGAUGGGCUCAUUUUCAUCUAUGAUAUGACUAACUCUACAUAUGCCAACUUUGACUAUGAGCUUUGCGUCAAGAUUUUGAAUCUGCUUAAAGGGGCUUUCCCUGCUCGUCUGAAAUGCGUCUUCAUUGUGUCGUCUCCGCUGUGGUUUCGAGCACCGUUUGCGGUGCUCCGUCUGUUUGUGAGAGAGAAACUGAGAGAGAGGGUGUGCACUGUAAGAGCCCACGAACUGGUUAAUCACAUCCCGUUCAGCUCCCUUCCAGAACAUUUGGGUGGCUCGUCACAGUAUAGUCACAUUGCCUGGAUCCAGUCCUGUGUCAACUCCAGCCCCAAUAACCCCAAUAACUCUUCCUACGUCACUGCGGACUGCUUGGGCAGCCUGCUCCGCUCCUACUCCAUGGAGCAUGGGCAGAACACCUCAGCUGAACCCUUAACUGCCAAUACUUCAGGGACCACCCUGCUGGGCGAUGGACUGAACUCGAACUGCACCGUACUAGAUGACGGCAAUGCCAACCUGCAGAACCACAGGGCAGCAGGGCACACGCAUUGGAAUGGCUCUGUGAUGCCAGGUUCCGGGGGCAUUUCGGGGUCCAACGCCAAUGCUGUCAAUGGCCGUGGCCGUCAGCCUCCCCCACAGUCAGACACGCCACCAGACACGCCCCUACAUCACAAACACACAGCCGGUGCUAUAUUAGCAGGAGGAGCAGGGACUAUGGGUGUGGAAGGAGCAUGUGUAGACGACAGUAGGCAGGAUGGCAAUGGUGCUGAGGACAGCCAACAGGAAAUGGAGUUUCUGGAAGAGGAAGUGGAUGGAGAUGGCAUUCCACCCCUCCCACUGAAAUCAAGGCCGCCGCCCCUCCAUCACAGCCCCAAUCCAGAUAUGAGCUGGUUUCCGGGAACGACGACUGAACCGGCUGUGUUGUCGGUGCACGUGGCUGAGCCAGGCGGAAUGAGCCUGCAGGAUCUGGUGCAGCACGUGAAACGCAAAAAGAAGAAGGGCAUUUAUCAGGAGUACGAGGAGAUCCGCAAGGAACCUCCUGCUGGAACCUUUGACUACUCUAAGAAAACCUCUAACCAGAUAAAGAAUCGCUACAGUGACGUCCUUUGCCUUGACCAAUCACGCGUUCGACUCUGUCCGCUCAAUGAUGAGGACGACGAGACGUCUGACUACAUCAAUGCUAGUUUCAUGGAUGGUUACAAGAGGAGUAAUGCUUACAUCGCUACUCAGGGGCCUUUGCCAAAAACUUUUGGAGACUUUUGGCGAAUGGUGUGGGAGCAAAUGGUUUUAAUCAUUGUUAUGACUACAAGAGUUGUAGAGCGAGGUCGAGUGAAAUGCGGACAGUACUGGCCAUUAGAGGCUGGCCGCACUGAGGAUUAUGGGUACUUUUUGGUGAGAAAUGUCCAUAUUGAGAUGUUUCAGGACUUUAAGCUAUCACACUUGGAGCUCUUCAACACUCAGACAGGGGAAUGUAGGGAAGUGUCUCAUUAUCUCUACAUGAGCUGGCCAGAUUUUGGUGUUCCGAAGUCGGCGUCAGCCAUGUUGGAUUUCCAGGCACACGUGAAACGGAGACAAGAGUCCUCAUUACGAACACUGUAUCCUGAUUGGACGGGCCCCCCAGGAGGCCCCCCAGUGGUGGUGCACUGCAGUGCAGGCAUCGGCAGAACAGGCACGUUUUGUACUUUAGACAUUUGUCUCUCCCGUCUGGAGGACAUCGGGACAGUGGACAUUAAGCAGACGGUGCGUCGCAUGCGGACACAGCGUGCCUUCAGCAUCCAAACCUGGGACCAGUACUACUUCUGCUACAAAGCAGUGAUCGAGUACGCCCAACAGAGCGGCCUGCUGCAGCCCGUAGAGUGGUCCGACACAGAGCUGGAGACCGACAGCGAGUGAAUCAGGAAAAACAGAACUCACACGAGAGGGCGCAAGAGGCACAGAAGGAAAAGAAGUGGUCUUUUCCCCUCUCCGGGCUACAGGUAGACUCCACUGCCACCUCUUUUCUUCCCAGGAAGAUGCGGAGAGAAAGAAACGAGGAGCGGAGGAUGCUUUUAUCCUGCCACUUUUCAAGCCCUUCUUUUUUACUCUGAUCUGAACGAGAUCAGAGACUGUGGCUUGGUGUACGAGUUGUAGCAUUUUUUUUAUACAUCUAAAUAUAAGUACUGACUUGCACAUGUGGAAUGACAAACUUGAAAAAUCCAGUUUAUCGUAUUACCUGCUCUUUUUUUUUUUUUGCUCAAAGUGUUGUUGAAAUUCAAUAUCACUCAACUUGGGGUUAAAUUCACACUUUUUAUCAAAGUGUAAGAACAUAAAACUUGAAUAUUCUUUUUUUUCUCUCUCUCUUCUCCGUCACAUUUAAAUAGCAAUUUAUUUGUCUGAACAGAUUCCAACAGUUUUCUUUGCUUUUUUAUUAUUUGUGUUCUUCACCGUUAAACUAAUCUUCAAGCCAAAGGUAUGGUGUCGAAUGCUUGGAUGUAUCCGUAAUGAUCGUUGUGACUUAAACCCUUGUAUAUCUUGUAACAUACAUCUAUAUAUUGUGCAUAACAACCUUUGAAAAGCCUUGUUUUUAAUAUAAUACUCUUAACUUUCUUCAGAAUUAUGUGUAUCUAUAUACACAUCUCUCUCUAUCUAUCUAUAAAAAUAUAUAAGAAUAUAUGUUGGGUAAAAACAAAAGGAAAAGAGGAACACAACUAUGUUAUAUAUGGUAUCCUGGUGACUGUUCUGGAGGUCCUGCAGUUUUCAUUUUUUAACUUACCGUAGUCCAUGAUUAUCCAGCCUUAAUGCAGGGCAUCUAUCAUUUAUAGAGCGUCUCAACUGUUGAUUCUCUCUGAAUUCUGGCCCUUAACCUUCAAUCACUGCCUUGCUCCCUCUAAAGUAUGAACUUUGACUCAGCUGUUUUUAUUUUUAUUUUUUAUUUCUACCUAAAAAACAAGAAACAAUGAGCCCCAAGUUGAAGUAUCCUGAGCCGCACGGAGACUAAUUCUGUUACCACGAUUAUCUAAAGUGUUCCGUUCUGAUGUGAAGUGUUGUGGAGUCAUUUGUUACGAGUGAGCUGGGGUCUUCAGCUGUGCGGUGUGUAGUCCUGGGGUCAAAAAGCCUCAGUUUUUGUGCCUUCAAGUUUUCCGUAGCGCAAUGUAGUUUCAGGCAACGAUUAGAACAACUGUUCUCACAUGCAUAUAGGGAAUUUAUUUUUAAUCUCAGGGGUAUACUUGGUGUUUUCCUGCUCUCAAAAAUGUCAUUUGCCUCUCUGGCAAUUAUUUCCAAAAAACACAAACAAACAAACAAAAAAAUAAGUAUAUACAUUUUAUUUAGAAUUUUAUACAGCAUCAUGUAUUAUAUUCUGUUUUUAUUUAUGCCUUUGUAGAACUUCAGCAGUAUUGAAAUUUGAAUGUUGGUACGAAAUAAUGAACAGUCAUUCUAUUUUAAACGGAUAAGCUAAAGAAAUCAAACCGUAAAACAAAAGACUGAUCAGUUUUUUUUUGUUUUUGUUUUUUUUUAAGAAUUAUGUUACUCAGCAUUGUGUUUUGGGAGAAAAACACUCAUUUAUUUUUCCAGAUGCCUGUAGCAGAACAUUUUUCAUAUUCUGUGAACUGUUAAAGGGCCAAGACUGAAACAGACACGUGACCCAUUAGCAAGGCUGCCACUAACAGUUUUUAACUAUUUGCCAAUCAACAAGACAAAGAGGUUUUACAUGUAAGAAAACCAAAAAACAAGAAGAAGAAGAAGAAAAAAAAACAGGAUAUGAACUUGAAUGUUAUGAUUAGAUAAAAACCACGUUGUCUUUGGGAGAACUUUGGAAUGCUUUCUCCUUGAAUAUCAAUGCUUGUAUGAUGACACAUGGUAGUGAAUGUGUGAAACGUCCCUCUCAUCUAAUGUUUACUCGUUGACUGACUUGUCCAAUGCAGGUGUGCAGAACAUGCUUGACUGUUUUAUACAGCUGAUUCCUGCUUGAAUGAGACUAAGUGGAAGACACAUUUGUCUCUGAUUUAUUAAAGCAGUCGGGAAUGCAA